CAGUCCAUACCCUAAAUCCCUAAAACAAAUGGCUGAAGAGAAAUCCGGUAUGCCUACACUCAAUUUUCACGCAAUUCAUUAGUCAUGAACAUAGGGUUCCAAUUUCUUUCUACAUUUUGUUAAUUUUGGAAGAGAUGUAAAAUUAAAUUAAGGGUUUCCUUUCACCUUAUGAUUACAUUACAAGGGAUCCACCUCAACGGAAGAGAAAUCAAAGAAUGGAGAUAAAGAAAGAAUUCAACAAUUUUACUCAAGGAGAAAAUUGCCGACGAGAACUCAACGGGAACAAUGGAGGGUCAUCAAAACGAAGAAAACAGUUUAGGGUUGGAGAUGAUGGUAAGAUAUUGUUUGACGAAGAAGAGCUCAAAAUGAUCCUCGGUUUCAACAGAGGUGAAGACUAUAUUGAGGUUCUUUGUGGCACUACAAACAAAGUAUAUGGAGAUUAUGUUGGGAGGCUAAAAAUCAAUAACAAUGGUGAAUAUUUUAUCACUUGUGAGUGCUGCCCUGGGUGUCCCUUGGUGAAUGUGACUCCAGAAGCGUUUGAGAAGCAUGCUUUGAAAGAAGGGACUGGAAGGUGGAAGAGCAACAUCUGGGUUCAUUGUGAAGAUGAAGAUAGAGUUCCACUCUGGAAGACACCUCUGACGAAAUAUUACACACACCAGGCAAAUGUGGCUAACUGGAAAGACACUGCAAUGAGGAAACGAAACUUUCACAGGGAUGAGUUCCUACAUUGCACGAGUUGCAGGAAGGAGUGCAGGUUCCGUCUCAAGAGCAGACCAGAUAUUAAGAACUACCAUGAAGCUUUGAACAACAAAUCCUGGACUUGUUCUCUUUGGCCUUACCAUAAAAUAACCUGCGAUGAUGAUGAAGAGAGACCAAGUCUGAGAGCAAGCAGGGGCUGUUCUCGUUCAUCAACUUGCCAAGGCUGCUCAACUUGUUACUGCGAAGGGUGCAUCAAGUGCCGCUUUGAGGAUUGCAAUCGCCAAGAAUGCAGAGACUUUAUGCUUUAUGCUGAACCUUAAUUAGACUGACUUGGCACUUCCAUGGAAACAUAAAAAUCUGUAUGAUGUUGCAGAGAAACUUUGAACCUCUUUAUUACUGUUUUGAGAAACUAUCUUUUUCUGAGUCUUUCAUUUGAUCUAA